AUGUCUCGGGCAGGAACCUGGAUGAAGAUGCUCGGCGUCGGCAUCGUCAUCUGUGUCGGCGGUCCGGCUUUCGUCCAAUACAUCCGUCCUACCGACGAAGAAUUGUUCAAGCGUUAUAACCCGGAUCUUCAGAAGCGGAGUUUGGAGGAAGGGGAUCGCCGGGCUCGAGAAUUCGAUGAAUAUGUUACCCGGAUGAAGCAAUGGUCUAAGUCUGAUAAGUCGAUUUGGUACGCGGCGCAGGAACAACAGGAACAAAAGCGCGUGGAGGCGGAGGUACAACGGAACCAGGCUAGGGAUGAUGCUAAGGUACAACGUGAGGAGAUGAGGAAGGAAUUGCUGGGUGAGAAAUAGUCUUGUUGCGGAAAGUAUAUCCCCACGGGAGUGAAUUUGCUGUGACUAGCUCAAACUCAUUUCUUGGAGAUGUAGCUGGAUCGGACAUGAUGCUAGGAAGGACUGUUGACUCCUGCAUCGUCCUUGUAUUUAUACCCAUUGCGUCUACCUGGGACAUGUCCAAAAAGCAUUGUGGGGGAAGCAUUUGGCUCAGAUUUUGUGGAGUUUCGGAGGCUACGGUCUAUACUGUAUUAUAUUUAAAUGACUGAAUGGAAAUCCUACGCUUGCUUAU